AUGCCGGACCUACCGAAGUACGAUGGAAUGAAAGAUCCCGCCGAACAUCUCGCGGCAUUCGAUAUGGUAAUGAACCUAUACGGGCAGUCAGGCCCCAUUAACGCUAAACUAUUUGUCACGACCUUAAUAGGAAAAGCCCAGGAGUGGUUCACGAACAUGCCGCCAGGAAGCGUGGAGUCCCACGAGCAACUCAUACAGAAGUUCUCCUUCCAUUUUGCCAGUAAAAGGAAGCAGAAACGAUUAGCGACACAUCUAUUCACCAUAAGAGAACGCAACGACGAGACUCUGAAGAGUUUCAUGGGACGUUUCAAUAAUGAAACACUGGAGGUACCAGACUUACGAAUAGAUAUGAUGGUCAGCAUCCUAAUCCACGGAUUGAAGAAGGGUGCAUUUCCUUCCGUGUUAGCUCGCGAUCCCCCAUCUGAUGUGGAGCAACUUAUGAAUCUG